UUGACACGCGAACUGAUCGGGGUCGGUUCGUCAGCUUUGAUCUACCGAUAUACUGUACCAGGGCGAGGGAGCGAGCCUAUGAGCCUGGUCGCACGUGUCAUCUACCCCAGGCAGCCCUAUUGGAAGACGAAAGCAGAGGCUGCUGUGAUGAACCUAGUACGAGCUAGGAACGUGCCGGUACCUAAGGUGUACCAGUGUUCUUUGACGGCGUCGGAUAAUCCCGUCGGUGCAGAGUGGAUUCUCAUGGAAUAUAUGGCGGGAGAGCGACUGGAUGACGUGUUCGAUAGCCCUGAAUUUACCAUGGACAAGAAGAAGCGCGUCAUACGGGAUCUGGUACAGAUUUGGUCUGAUAUAUACCGUAUCACAUCGGAACGCAUCGGCAGCGUUCUACCAGCGAACGAUGAGGACGGUAUUGCGCUCUCAACAGUCGUGUACGAAGGCCUCAAAAGGCCGCGCAAGGUCCAUCGACUGCUGUGCAAGUUCGACCAUGCAGACGCGUUCAUCGUUGGGCCUUGCCACGAUACUGUUUUUGUUCACGCCACAUCAGGCUGCCCUCCGGUCGACAACUGCGGACCUUUCAAGGACGAGGACGAGUGGCUGUCGGCACUCGCAUUUCUCGGCAUUCCCCCAACACGGCCCGACAAGAUUAUUCACCGCGGAGCUGGAAAGAAAGUGUUGGAACUGGUUGCGCGGUGGCGCCGGCGUUCUCUUCCUUGGUCUCGCUCAUCAAGUCGUUCCCAUCUCUCUCACGGCGAUUUCGAGGGGCGCAACAUUCUGGUCUCAGAGGAUGGACGGGUCACGGCCCUUCUGGAUUGGGAGAACUCGGGGCUGGUGCCCGAAUUGGAGGCGGCCACUGCACCAGACCGGUGGAACGAAGACGCGCAACGCUGUACCGGAGGUAUGUUUGGUGACCCAUACGAGCCGGGCGAUUAUAUGCAUGACGGCAUACCUGAGGACAAGGAGACGGCAGAGCUGCGCGCGUAUUUCCGGGUGACAUUGCACCGGAUCAAUCCGGCUCUGUUUAAGGCGUAUUGGGUAGGUGUCGAGAUGCGCGCUAUUCGACUCGCACUCGCAGCGCCGUAUCCGGGCAACACGCGACUCUGGCUCGCAAACUAUGCCACAUUCACGUCGACUGCAUCUCGUGAGGGCAAGUGGUGGCGCGUGAACAACUUGGAGGUGAUGACCCCCAAGGAGCUGGAGAAGUGGGGCGGACAGGAAUGGGAGACUGUUCAGAGGGAACUCUUGGAAGAGGGUUAUGGCCAGACAAGCGCUGAACAUGUGGCCUGAAGUAGCACAGUACAGACAACAUUUCGUAGGCGGACGAAAAGUAGUUCUACUAUUACAAGUU